AACAGGAGAGCCAGUUGCCUCAACAAGCCGGAGAUGAACGGACACAUGCUUCCCAAGUGCAGCGACCGGGAGCCGACGAGCCCGGACACUCUGAGCCCUCCGGAGAAAUCGGUGUCUGAACCUUCCACCGAAGGCGACAGGGUGCGCAUCACUGCGAAAAGCCCAGAGUCUCGGUCUCGCAGAGAGCGGUCUGUCAGGAGACGUCGCAUCUCCAGCACGCGUGAAAGGAAGGCCGCCACCACUCUGGGACUCAUUCUGGGGGCUUUUGUCAUCUGCUGGCUGCCCUUCUUCAUCCAUGAGGUGAUUGUUACCAUCUGUGAAUCCUGCAGUCUCUCUCCUGAGAUGACCAACUUUCUGACUUGGCUGGGCUAUCUGAACUCUCUCAUCAACCCGCUGAUUUACACCAUCUUUAAUGAGGAUUUUAAAAGGGCUUUUCAGAAGUUGAUCAAGUGCAAGAAUUAUCUCUAACGCCAAUGAAGGGAUUGCGUCACGUGAACUGAAACUAUUAUACUCAAAAAAUACAAUUAAAUUAAUUAAUUAAA